AUGAAUGAAGGAUUUGACCCCAACUUCACUCAGCUCUACGACAACUGGACCUUCUACAACUCCAGCCCAGAGGCCGCCCUGCCCCGGAACAACAUCACGUAUGUGGGCUUUUACCUGCACCCGCCCUCCACGGCCUCCAUCUUCAUCGUGUCCUACCUGCUCAUCUUCCUGGUGUGCAUGGUGGGCAACGGCGUGGUGUGCUUUAUCGUGCUGCGCAGCAAGAACAUGAUGACGGUCACCAACUUGUUCAUCCUCAACCUGGCCGUGAGUGACCUCUUGGUGGGAAUCUUCUGCAUGCCCACCACCCUGCUGGACAACAUCAUCACAGAUUAA